AUGACUCUUUGGGGCCAGGAUACCGUGAGAGAUGUUGCCGAAUCAGUCGGCAUCCUCAAUCUCAACAAGGAUGUCAACCAAGCACUGUGUCGAGACGUGGAAUACCGAAUAUCCCAGGUGCUGCAAGAAGCCUUGAAAUUGAUGAAACACGCGAGAAGGACGAUUUUAUGGUCGCAAGACAUUUCGAAUGCGCUGCGCAUGCUCGACAUCGAGCCACUCUACGGCUAUGAGUCUACGAGACCGUUGAAAUAUGGAGAAGCGUCUCUUGGGCCCGGCCAACCGCUGUUUUACGUUGAGGAUGAGGAGAUGGACUUCGAGAAGCUGAUCAAUGCGCCUCUACCGAAGGUGCCGAGGGAGAUCUCGUUCACGGCACACUGGCUUGCCGUGGAAGGUGUUCAACCGUCGAUACCUCAGAAUCCGACCUCGACCGAAUCGAGAAGCCUUGAACUUUUGCCUAAAGGACCAAAUGCCAACCCAGCCCUUGCAGCGAUGAGCGGCGCAGAUACAACCACAACCAAACCACAAGUGAAGCACAUUCUAUCCAAAGAAUUACAACUCUACUUCGAAAAAUUGUGCAGUUCAGUGCUGGACGAGACACAGCCAGAAUACCAGACCGCGGGUCUAGCAAGCUUGAAGGAAGACCCUGGUCUACACCAGCUGGUGCCUUAUUUCGUCCAAUUCGUGGCUGAAAAGGUCACACAUAACCUGAAAGAUCUCUUCGUGCUCACGCAGAUGAUGCUUCUCACCGAGGCUUUGACCCGAAACUCCAAACUCAACCUUACCCCAUAUGUUGCCUCGAUGAUUCCUCCCGUACUUACUUGUUUGACCGGCCGCUCCCUCGGCGUAGGAACGGAUUCUUUGGAGCACUUCGAGCUACGAGAUUUAGCUGCAUCUUUACUAGGGCAUUUGUGCAACAAGUACUCCAAGUAUUCACAUAACCUCAAGCCAAGAGUGGCGCGAUCGUGUCUCAAAACAUUUCUGGACCCCAAAAAGCCACUUGGAAGCCACUACGGGGCAAUCCUGGGCUUGAAGGCGGUUGGAGGGGCUGAAGCUGUGCGCCAACUCAUCCUACCCAACCUCAAGGCAUACGGAGAACUAUUGCAAGAAGGUCAACAAGAUGGCAGCAAGAGGCAAGAGGAGAUUGAGAAGGUCUUGAACGCCAUAAUCAACUCCUUGGGCACUUUGGUCGAUGAUGAUCUCCCGAUGCUAAAUGGCCAUUCAGAAGAAUCGGCCAGAGAGCAACGCACAGAACUAAUCGAUAAAGUGGGAGAGGUGAUUGGCGCACGAAUAGCAGACUCCUCACACCGACACCUGGCCAAAGUUGUGUUGAAAGGGGAUCUUGCAAGUUUCUGA